CUGCGCUGUACGUGAAUUUUUUUCGAAACCACUGAGAAAACACAUUACUCUUUCUCUCCCUCUGUUGUGCCCAACGUUGCGCCGAAACAGCUGAUCGUUUGCCCCUUUAAUUGCAUCGCGACUGGGUCGACGCUGUGCUGGCGAAUACAAGCGGGCGGGGGAAACGAAAGACUUGCAUCCUCCAUAACGGCUUGGAGUUCUGUGACGUCUUCAAUGGCUGCCGCUGUAUUGUCUACAUACGUAACGGAGCGCGGUACUCUCAUCCACCGCGUUCCGUGGUGGUUUACGACGUAGUGUUUACUGUUUAUCGUUAGAAUACUCUAUCAGGCUGUGGGCCGGCAAACCAUGGGUUCGAAGAAACAUAAAAAGCACAAGCGCGAAAGACACGAAGAAGGACAUUAUACAACCACGGAUAAACCCCCCACUUUAAAAUUAAUCUUAAAGAUUGGGGGUAGUAGUGGAACACCUGAAUACGGCAACGAAUCUCCAAAUCAGACAAUGUUAUCCCAACAUUUGGGUGUCUACCAACAACAGUUGGGUCUCAAUUGCUCUGUAACGCAAGAAUCUGAAUACGAUAGGUAUAUAGGGCAUAAAAAACUUAAAAAGAAAAAGAAAAAGAAGGAUAAAAGGCACAAGCAUCAUCACAAAGAUAAAAAAAGAAGAAGAGAAGAAUCAAGUCAAGAAUCAGUAGGAGAUGCUGAUGAAAGUUUAGUUGAAAUUCCUAAAAAAAUUCCUAAUCAUCAAUUGUUACCUCCAAGACCACCAUCUAGUGGAGAACACAGAGUUGGCAUUACUAGCCAUAUUAGUUCUCUUUCUCCUCAUCGUGAACCUAGAACUUGUGUACUUAGGAAAAUCGCCGAACGAACACCUCUUCAACGAUUAUUAGAACAUCUUCUUAGGUCAAUGGAGAAACGUGAUCCUCAGCAAUUUUUUGCUUGGCCAGUUACAGAUAGUAUUGCACCUGGAUAUUCUCAAAUCAUUACGAAUCCUAUGGAUUUUAGUACUAUAAAACAAAAAAUAGAUGAUAACAGUUAUCAAAAUUUAAAUGAAUUCGUAGAAGAUUUCAAAUUAAUGUGUGAUAAUGCCACUACGUACAAUCAUCCAGACACUAUUUAUUACAAGGCGGCAAAGAAAUUAUUACAUGUUGGCCUAAAAAUGGUAACACCCGAUAAACUUCGACAAUUAAGACCUGUUUUGACAUAUAUGCAAGACAUAUCGAAAGAAGAACUCGGAUUCGAAUUGGGUACAGAAGAUCCUAAUAAUCCUGAUAUUCCUGUAACGGAAGAACAAAUUGAACGAGAACGAGAACAAGAAGAACGUAACGAAGAAGCUGAGGAACUUAGGAAAGAGAAUCAGAGAAAAAUAAGAUUAGCAAAUUUGGGUAAAUUUGAAGCUAUUCCGGAUGACAUGACACCAGAGGAAAUCUUGAAACAAGCCCGAGGAGCCGCGAAAACAGCAUCUGAAAAGUUAACGUUAAAAAGAUUGAAUUCCAAGAUGGGUUUUCUAAGGCAAAAGAAAGACGGAACGACUAGCUUACAAAUAAUAGUACCAGGAGACGGAGUGAUUCCAGGAACUAAUCAAAGACCAGUGUCAUUAGGACAGCUUAUAGGUAAAUUGAAUCAUGGUACGGGAGCAUUAGCAGGAUUUCGUGAAGAUAGGAGAAAUAUGUCGAAACCAGUAAAACCUUUAUAUUAUGGUGCCUUUGGUUCUUAUGCUCCAAGUUACGAUUCCACGUUUGCUAAUCUCACGAAGGAAGAAACAGACUUGGUGUAUCAAACAUAUGGUGAUGAAACUGCUGUACAAUAUGCAGAGUCAAUUUUAGAUUUUGCUAAAGACUGUGAUUAUACGUUAACUAUGGUGGACGAUUUGUUGGAUAUUCUUACAGGAGGGGAUCACAGAAAGACUAAGAAGUUCCUUGAGGAAAAACGAAGACUCAAAGAGGAAGAAGAGAAAAUAAAACAUUUAUUAGAAAAACCAAUGCAAGAUGUAAAUCGUAAUAUUCCAUCUUUGGACAACAUUAAAGUUGAUAUCGAUCAAUUAAAGACUCUAUCGGAGUUAGGAAUUGAUGUUAAUUUCUUAGAAAAUUUAGAGGAAGACUUAAAACUCAACGAAGAACGCACAGCAUUACAAAAUCGGUUAGAUGAUACAUCACAAAUGUUAGGCCGUUUAAAACAAGUACAACAUGAGCGACUUUCGGUUCCACCGCCAGCUCAUUUGUCGAAUGUUUCUAAACCAUCAGAGACAGAAGUUGCAAUAGCCGAUAAAAUUACGGAUAAUUUGACAGAAAUAGCAAAAAAACUUCCUCCCUCAGCAAUCGCUCCUGUAGAUGGUUUGCGAAGAGCUAUGGGUAUUGCACCUCUUGGCGGGCCAGAGCCUAUGGAAGUAGAACCGAUUACUCAUAAUCCAACAAUCGUUGCGGAAAAUAAUUUAUUAUCGCAAUCUAGUAAUAAUCAAGUUCCGUCGAAUUUAUUAUCGGCUCCUUCACCAAUUCAAAGCACUAAUUUGCUCAGUCCAACCAGUCAACAAAAUCAAUCGAUUAAUAUCGUAAAUACAAAUCAGUCACCUAUGCAAAUACAAAUUGGCAUGACACACAGUCAAACGCCUCCGUCUUUAUUAACUACUUCAGAAACAUCUGCAGUUCCAGAUUUAGAAUCGGAACUUCGAGAAUUUUUGGAAAGCGAUCCUACAUUAGGACAUUCGCCACUUCACGAUGAUAAAACAUUGGAGGAUAUUUUAUCCGAAUCUUAGUGUGUACGAUUUUCGAGAUAUGAUAUAUGAUAUAAUAUACCUCCUACAGGUUGUACAUUUUAUUACAUACAGACACUAAUAUUAAUUAUUACGUUUAAUGAUAAGCGUGCGGUUAAUAAAUAAGUUCGUAUCAUAUAAUAUGAUGUCAUUUAAUUAAUACCGCUUUAUUUUAUGGAUAUAUAUUAUUUAUGAAGUUUGCGUAACAAGUUAUAUUAGAUGAAUAUUUGUAACAUUUUGGUGAAAUAUGUAUUGUAAAAUAUUGUUUAAAAUAAUGAAAAAAUAUUUUAAUAUUUUAUAGAAGAUCGAUUUUAAUGAAGAAUUUAGAAAUGAAAUUUAUUUAAAUUUGUUUUUUUAUUCCUAAAAAAAUUAUAUUCAUAAAAAAUAAUUAUUAUUGAUAAAGUGUUACGCAAACAGAAAAUCCGUAUAAGAGCAAUUUCUUUAUAUAAAAAUAAAUUCAAUCUUUUCUUUAUUAAAUUACUUUACAAAUGCUAAAAUAAUGAAAUGUCAUUACUAUUUUAAAAUGAGAAAAUAUGACAGAAAUUGUAAAUAUUCAUAAAAUGUAUUUUUAAAAA